GUUUAUUAUGUGAAGUGCCUUGAGAUGACUCUUGUCGUGAUUUGGCGCUAUAUAAAUAAACUUGAAUUGAAUAUAUAGAAUGGCUCUCCAAGCUAGUCCGUUUGCUCAGCUUUUGUGUGAAUAUGGAUCAUCUCAUGUUGUCAAACUCUUAAGGACACCCUGCUAUGUUGAGCCCACUCCAUAGAGCCACUUCUCAAUUAUAAGGGCGAACCACAUGAACUGUGUAAAGUAGUUGAGCUGCGCUGAGUAGGCACUAGAGGAAAAGAGCAAGGCCUAAACUUUUUCUGCUAAGAACCAGUUUGGGAAGUUAAAGAGGUAUUGCUGUACCUUAAGGAACAAAAUGUUAAGGGACAAUGUAUCUAAACAGGUAUGUGUCUUCCUUGUAAUUAUAGCCCUUUUAGAAGACUGGAAAAUCAGUGUAAUACUGCUGCCACGGUGUGUCUUAUGAUCGCAUCGUGGCGGUAUGGCGCUGCGGGAGUUUGGUGGCAUUCGUGCUGCCACACUUGGUAGUGAUAUUGCUGCAAUGCCAGACUUGUAUAUUACGCCUUGGCGCAACAGAGGGAGGCGUCAUGAUCAUGUGGGGAGUUACUGCCAAGCUCCAGCCGGCAACUGUAAUAAAAGUGAAAGUAAACACUUCACAGCAAGUUUCACUUUUGUAAACAGACUGAGAUGAUAAACUAGAGUGAUGCAGAGCUCCAGGAUCUUCUCCUUAUUACAGCUGGAGCUUAGAUCACCACAGACUGCAAAGGGACUGUGGAGGACAGACACCUUUAGGAGUGACUUGUCAAAAAAAACCUAAUGAGCCUGGCUUUGAUCGCAAUAAAAGUUAUGUCCAAGAUAAACAUAAGUCAAUGGCAACGCAGAGACCGCCCCCAUACUCCCUUUAUGCUGCUAUUGUGUAACCUUUUGAAAAAUGGACAUGAUUACGCCACAUUACUGCCACGGUCUGACUUAUAAACAAUCUAAGGCUCUCUGAUGCCACCACAGCGUUGCAGCUAAUUGGCAGCUUUCUUUUCUAAAAGAAGCUACUAAAACAGGCAAUAAAGCAGAAAUUAUUCUGCCUUUUAAAACUGACUCUAAACCACCGCUGGUCAAUUUUGAGGAAAAGAAAACUGUUAAAACUGAUGUGGUUCGGUAUUGUAAACUCACUCACACAUUCUCUGUACGCUUUUAAUCUUGUUCGGUGCCAUAAAGCUGGGCGGACACUGUGACUUUUUCACUCGUAGCACUCAGCUUCAGCUCAAACUGUACGAGUUCCUCGCAGGGCAGAUCUCACGAGUCACGUGCUCACACUGUAUGACCCAGUUCUCGGAUGCGACCUGACUGCUCACACUGUACGUCUGGUAGCAACACGUCGGACCUAAAAAUAUGCUAAAAAUAGCAGUUUUUACACAACACGUCAGACUUUUUUGUCUUGCCUGUUGUCCUUCGGGAGUGCUGCAGGAGGACACACAGGGAUUUAUGGGGGUUGGAUGAGGAAAACGAAAUAAAGAAAGUAAGUCUGUGUUUUGUGAUCAGUUUAAUUUGACAUGAACACGACAAACACACUUUGUUGACAAUCUUUGUGGGUAAAAAAACAUGUAGAAAUAAAAACGAACAACGUGCGUUAUUAGAGAAAUAGCGGGCGAGCGGUGUUGAUGAAUGACUGCACAUGCGCCGUGAGCGGUUGUGAUACUUUUUGGGUCACAGCUCCUCGCAGCGCCGCUUCAACAGUGCGAUACCCUCACGAGGGACAAGCAAAAUAUCAAACACGCCAGAAGUCCGUGCGAGCUCACGAUUGCUGAUCGGUAGCUGGUCACGUGGUGUUAAUCGCCUCUCGUAACUCCCUAUACACUACACGAAGCUCAGCGCAAAACUCGCCCCGAUCUUGUGGAUUCUCGCACGAGUGGAAAAUCGGCUCAAAAAAGUGAAAAAGUCGCACAGUGUACGCCUGGCUUAAGAAACCGGUGCUUUUUUCCAGCAGGCAACAAGUGAGAGACAAGGUAUACUCUGAACAUGUCUGUUCAUCAUGGGGCUUACACAAGACACAUAAGAAAAACUGACGGUUUCUUUUACCGUGCGCAUCUUUUGAGAUUUGUGUUCACUGUUUCUUUAAUUGAAGACCAGCAGCAUGACACUCAUUCCUAAUUUGCAUAGCAAUUGUCCUUGGGAGUCAGAGACCAGGCAGAAUUCAAGUUUCCCUCUCAAGCUCUCUUGAUAUUGCCAUUACAUUGCAUACAUAUGGGAGCCACUGUAAAAGAUUCUCAAAAGACUUACCGUAUAACCCACAUUGCUGAAGUUGCAGCUUUUUUCAGUUUUUAGCACACAAGGUUUCUGUUUUGUCCAAAUAUUUACUAGCAUUAUGUCAGCACUUUUACCCUUGGACAUUGCUAAGAAGUCCCUGCAGACUAGGUCUUGUUAAGGAUACCCUGGCAUUAAAUCUGUUUUUUCAGGGACCAUUUUUUAAGGUAUUGUGCACAAAUUUUGGAUCAAUGCAAACACGAAUGUCAGUCACUGACAGUGAGGUAAUGCACAGAAGCACAGGUUUCCAUUAAGAUUCUGAAUGGAGGAGGGGCUUCUCCAGGCCAGUUCAGUUUAAGGUUUCAGAUCCCUGAGAGAGAAAAAAGCACACAUAUGCCAGAAGACAAAGGCUGUGGGCUGCUUUUGGCUUGAUAUCAUCUCAUAUUACUUCCCUCUGUUUGGCCAUAUUUUGUAAAAAUUUGUUCUAAAGGACCAACAGGACUUUGGAAUGUGGGCUAUACAUGGACCAUUAUAAAUUCAAAUGGACUUGGAUUUUCAGUUUUGUGAAGUGACAACUAGAUAAUGACAGUGGACAAGUUGAAAGGGUUUAGAAUUCUAGCAGUGUCCAUGUUCUGCCUUAGUCCGGGAGCUUUUAUAAAUUUUACUGCAAGUACAAAACAUGUUUAAAUGCAUGAGAUGCGCAAGCUUUUCCAAAACCAUCUUCUCAGUCUAAGGAGAGAAAGAAAGAAAUUGUGAGAGAUUUAUAUCAUGCACACCAAGCAGAACUGCAUGGUCACAGUACACAGAACAUUUCUCUGAGUGUCUUCACAUUCUGAGUCCUUUUUUCUUUUUUUUACCCCUCCCCUUUUCUGUACCUUGUCUAUGGCACCCUGGUUCUUGCACAUGCCUCCUCGGAUGCAGGGGGCUGCAUGUGGACCAGCCAUUUUAAGGCAAGUCUUGCUCACAAAAUGGAUGUGUGCUACUUAACCCUUUAAAUGCCAGAGACAUUCGGACAAGACUGCAGCGCUGUCUUCCUGUCCAAAUGACUGUUCAUAAUUGGAGCAGAGUAGACAUGCGGGUUAUGAAAGUGCUCAAGGAACAAAUGAAGUCCCAGAGAUUAUGCUUGUCAUCUCUGGAGUCACCCCAUCACUGCAAACUCAAGUGCCUGUGUCCCUUUGAAGGGAGGGGACUGGUGCGGUAGACCGGCUGGAGUCGUGCAGCUGCAGCCCCGCCAGACUGUGGCAGGGAGAGCUUAAAGGACACGAAGGGGCGGGCGUUCUUGGAGUUUCCGCAUCCUGUUAUUGGUUAGAAGCAACGGCUUGUAUAACGUACGAACAACUUCGCAAAUACGCUAAUACAGACAUUUUGGAGGCGGAUCUAAAUCGGGUGUCGCAAUACGGGAAUUUAUGCUAAAUACCUCGCGUCAGGUUAAAAAACUCGCGAGGUUUCAGAUUAACCGUCCGUGAAAGAAAGGAACGGUGUGCUUACGGUUUUCAACAUAAAGAACGAAGGCGACAAGAAAAGACCAACUGAUCUAACUCGAUGCCGACCAACAAAGCCGACGUCUAAGGUCACAACGAAGACGUGUACCGAUAUCGCUCCAAGGAUUUCCUGCAGGGACGCACACGAACAACGCUGGACCGUGAUCUGAUUACCUGGAUCAUCAAGACUUAGAUGCCAGGAGACGUUUUACUAUAAGGUGUGACAGGGCAGCAUGGAGUGUUAGGGCUAUGGAUGGCAUCAUCAGUGGACCUGUUGUGGCGAUUCCCUUUGAGAUGUAAGGCAGAUCUUCCUGGCCAGUGCUUGAAUGUCCUAAAGAGUUUUAGGACCGGAUGAAACAAGCCCUAAUUUCCAGUCUUCAUAGAGAAUGGCUGAUGGGUGGGAUCCAUACUUCCAGAGCAUUCAACCUCUGUCAUUGGAUGAUGGAACUGUGCAGAGGACAACGGAGUCAGAUGAAACUCUGUCCCAACCUUCAAAGAACUUCACUGGAUGUCAUGAUUUUUCAGGUAUAGUGGCUUCGCAAGAAGCCCCUGUGUCACACCCAAACUUCAACAAGAACUAUUGCUCAAGUCCCAGUAUUGAAAAUUCGAGGUCAGACUGUGCUUAUGAAAGAUACAAUGAUUCACAAUGGCAAGAUGGAGGAAAACAACUGGAAAAUGAUUAUCUACAAGGAUGUGGAAAAAACUAUUUUCCCACAGAAGUACCAUCAGAAUCAUCUUCCAAUACAUCAGAUUGUCAAGGUCUUGAGCAAAAUUGUGAAAUUUUACCCACAUCAUGUCUUGAGAACUACUCGUCUGUAAGCAGUUCCUCGAAUACAGAUGCUGUUGAUGAAAGGCCAUCUUGUAAAGUCACUGGAAGUGACUCGUUUUCAAGGCAAAAUAUUGAAAUGCUUUCAGAAGAAAACUCAGAAUUAUUUUUUGAUGACACUGAAAAUUGUGAUUCGCAGACCAAUUGCGUGUAUCCUAAUACUUCUGAAAAAAUCACAUUUUCAAUCAAAACAUGUGCAGAAAAUGCUGAAUCUUCUGCUACCUCUUUGACGACAGCUACAGUGAGUGAAGCUGUACACAAUGGUUUUCAAGGUGAUAAACAAAAUGAAGCUGUAAUGAGAGAUUUCAAAGAAGGUACAUUUAAAGACUGUUUGACUGCAAACUUGACGAAAGAAGGAAUUGAUCAUGAUCCAUUGGACAAAGAGGAGGAAGAAGGAAUUGAUCAUGACCCAUUGGACAAAGAGGAGGAUGAUCAGAUCAAAUCAACUACACCAACUCUUUUUGACAAUGGCCAAGCACUCGUUGAUGAAAAAGUCUUAAAGAAAACAGGAAUUGACAGUGUGGAAUCCAGCAAUCGAGGCUUAUCAGAUGAUCAAGAGACAAUUGCGAGUGAAAAUGUACAGGGCAACACCCAGGUCCAAGAUUGUCUAACAAAACAAUUGGAUUCAUCGGACCCAAAACCUUUUGAUGAAGAGAUAUCUUUGACUUCAGUUUCCACUAAGAGUGGUGAUGAUACUGAAAAGAGAGAAACACAGGAAAAGGUGUCACAAACGUUUGACCAUCUUGAUCUUAAGGAAUCAAGUUUUAAAGGCAUUUGUGAUGAAAUGAGUAAAUGCAAUUUGAAUAUUUGCCAUCAUAACCAUGACUCCAGCUUCCAUAAAAAGCAGUUCUUGCACUGCUGUCCGGCCCAGGACAGCAUUAGUGCAAUCCUUUCUGAAGUGGAAAAGGACCAUUUUAAAGAUGCUACCAUUGUGACCUUUCCAGAAAGCCACUUGCAACCAAUUAAAGAUGGCUCAAACAUACAUACUGAAAAAGAAAUAAAAAAUGAUAAAGAAUUUACAAUUGCAUCAGGGACAGACAAAGAUUUAGACUGUGGUGUCUCAGACACUACUAAUUUGUCUAGUUCUUCAGAUGAGCAAAAGAAAAAUGUGGCUUACCAUGAAUUGUCUAACUUAAAGGCACAAAGUUCGGGUCCAGAUGAAAAUCCCCAAAAAGAUGGCUUUCCCAAUGCAGUAAAGUCAACAGAUCUUUCUCCGAAUGCAGAUUGUGUUAAUCCCAUUGUCACAGAUGAUAUUAGUUAUGAGAAUACUGGUAGCAAAAAUCAUCAAGAUACCAUCAUCCAUAAAGGGUCUGCUUCUGAGACUUACUGCUCAAGCAAAUACAUUGAUUCUAGCGCUGAAAUGAAAAGCUCUUCACUAGACAAGAUGACUACAAACUCAUCUCUAUGUUGUCAUGCCCCUGAUGCCACUAGUGACAGCCUUGCUAAGGAUAAUAAUAAUGAAAACAUAAGUGAUGCAAGUGAUAUGGACUCCAACGUAAAGCCAAAUGUGUCUGGCACACAUUCCCCAAACUGUCUGAAAAUGGGAAGCCCUCCAAAGACAGAUACUCGAAGCCUGUCACCAAAUGAAUGUGGUGAUCCCAUUGCAACCUUUGACAGACUUUCUAUGGUCAGUAAAGAUGUUAAGAGUCCAGAGUUACUCUUGCCACCAGAUAGCUCAAACACAGACUUGCAUCUCUGUCUUUCAAAUGAAUGUGCAAGCCCCGCUAAGAGGACAAGUACUUCUUUCCAAAAAGAUUCAAUGUCUGAUACACAAUCUGUGACAUUUGACAACGAGCAAAGGAUAUCUGAUAUAAAACCAUUCUCAGAAAAAGAGCAGGUGUGUCCCAAAGAAAAUCACAAUAUGAUCUCUUUUCCCACUCAUCGUGAAUCUCAGCAUGAAAGUUUCAUAGCACAGGAACCCAUAAGUGUAUGUAGUGAUGUUGAUGAUAACACAAGAGAAUCAUUUGAAGACUGGGACUUCUCCAUUCAAAAGCAGUCAGAAUCUAGUUUGCUGUAUGGUGAGCCUCUUUCAGAAGACUCUUUGUGUGAUGCUGAUGAAGAAAAUUUUAAGUCAAGUCAACAAGAAGAAACAAAAGUGAAAAGACCCAACGAGUAUAACAAGGACCAAACUGAGCAGCCAGCACUUCCACUGACACAUUCUGUACAAACGAGAAGAUUGCUGCACCCUGUUGUACUGCUGGCAACUUCAGAGUCAUCAAAUGAAAUGAGCAACUCCUACUGUUGUGCUGAUUGCCAACACACAUCCAAUAAUAUUGACCACUUGAUUGAGCAUCACCAUUGUAACCAUCCAAUGUCUGUUUUCCACCAUUGCAAGAAUUGCAAUGUUUACCUGAUGAGAAAUAAGCUAAACCAAAAGCAUGUGUGUGAUGUGGUCAAAAAGAGUACUCCCCUGUCUUCUAACUCCAUUCCAAAAAAGAAAAGAAGAUUAACUGCCCCCCACAACUGCACAAGGUGUGGGAUCGUGUUUUCAAAACUUAUUCAAUAUGUCAAGCAUAUGCGGACUCACACUGGCAAAACACCAUAUAGGUGUAAUGAGUGUGGUUUGUACUUUGCACAGAGUUGUAGCCUACGGAAGCACAAACGUGUACCUGGUAGAUGCAAGCAGUACAAAUUGCUAAACACAAACUCUGAUGCUGGCAAAACUGAAAAAUCACCAGAAAAACAAAAACCACAAAACUUUUCAAAUGACAAUACAAGGAAAUGUUAUGUCAAGCUAAUUGACAUUUCUAAGUUCAAUCUAUGUCAUUUGUGUGGUAAAGAAUUUGUUUCUGCUAAGAGGGUCAAGAAACACAUCCGUGAUGUUCACAAAUAUAAAGGAGGGGCCAUUUCAUCCAAUGUGGCUACUGCAAAUGAUGAUGGCAAACCUCAAGAAGUCAAGGGUGAGAUGCAAGAAAAAUACAAAUGCCCUCUUUGUCCACGACUUUUCAAGUACCCUUACAACAGGAAUCGACAUUUGCGUGAUUGCGUUAAAAUUGCAGUAGCAGGUAACAAGAAUAAAGUUGGUGACAAAUUUGCAUGUCCCUUAUGUAAAGCUACUUUCACGGCUUCAGGUAACAGACGAAGACAUAUUAAAUGCAUCUGCUUACGACAAUGUAUAAUUCAGUUCAGAAAAGAGAGGGAGAUUGUGCUGCAAAAGACAAGAAAAAUGGACCUUGAACCACAAUCAAAAGACAUGGAAAACACUCCAGCCACAGAAAGUGUGCCCAAAGCAUCCUCAGUUUUAACAGCUUCUAAGAUUGGCCCGUUGUACAGAUGCAAUCACUGCCCGGCAGUUUUUCGUGAUCCUUCCGGAAAGUAUAGACAUAUGAAAAAACAUGAGAUGUUUAAACUUACUGGGAAGAUGUUCAAAUAUAGAAAUUCAGUUUUUUCUGUUGCGCCUAAGCUAGAGACUCAGAAUAGUACAACUGAGGACAGCACUGAACUGUCAGAAACUGUUGAAGAAAAGAGUUCUCUGAUUUGUCGCUUUUGUGGGAUAGGUUUCGUUCAUUUGACAACACUAAAGAAACAUGAGCUCAGUCAUCGCGGCGAAAGACCUUACCGCUGUCUUGAAUGUGGGAAGGGAUUCAAGAAGCGUGCCCAUCUGACUGGUCAUAAAAUUGUCCACCAGAAAAGGAUGCAGUGCACAAUCUGCUCGAAGAUUUUCCAAACUGUUGGAGAAUUGCUUCAACACAGGAGUUUGCAUCUUAAAAGGGGAAGACUUCAGUGUCCAGACUGUCCUACACAGUUUGAUUACCCAGCACAUCUACUUAGACAUCUAAAAAGUCACAGGAAGAAAGAAAAGAAACUACAGCAACCUGAAGAAGGAACACAAUUAAAGCCACAAGAGCCGGUGGAAUCUGUCAAAGAGUAUAAUGCCCAAAAGCAGCAGCAAUGUGUGUUAUGCAAAGAAGUAUUUGAUGAUUCCCUCAAUCUAAGAAAACAUACACUUACACACAUUUCAAGGUCCUCUUCACCUCGGUGUCCAUUUUGUAAGAAGUCUUAUCCUGAACGCCGCAAUUUACUGCGCCACCUGAUUGUGCACCUUGGAGACAAGUCAUUAUCUUGUACAAACUGUGGAAAGCAGUUUUACCGGCCUUUAUAUCUCAACAUUCACAUGCAGAAAUGUUUGCCUCCUCAAGCCAAUUGUUCAUUUGAAACAACGUCCAGCACUAAGAAAAAAAGUAAACCAUAUCAUUGUUCGCGAUGUUUCCGGAGUUUUUGUAAAAGGGACCGUUGGCAAAAGCAUCUUUAUGGCCACAAGAAGAACAUUCUAAUCCCCUGUCCAAGAUGUGGUCAGUUCUUUGGAAGAACUAAAAUAACCCAGCAUAAUGUAUUCUGCAGAGAGACUGCAGAGUCCUCCACUGAUAAGUGUACCACUAACGUUUCCAUAAAAAACUCCCCACAAAUUAGCACGAUCAUUCAUAAAACACCUUCUAGUUCUAAAGAAUCAACAACCAACUUGUUUAAAUGCCCUUACUGUGCACAAAAGUUCAGGUACAGAUCAUAUUUCCUGAGACAUCUUGUUAAACAUACUGGAGUGCAACCCUAUGCAUGCAUGCAUUGUGAUUCGAGAUUCAGAAGUGAGACAAUGCUUUUUAAGCAUGAAGAAGUUUGUGAUGGUGCAAAGAGUACAGAACAGUCCAAAAGCAAAAGUGAAGGUGAACGAAACAUGGAUUCUCUUAGAGAGGCAACACAGAAACCUCCACCAGACUGUGAGUACAAAUGUAAAUUCUGCACCAAGACCUUCAUGAAGCCACGAAGCCUGAGGCAUCACAUUUUGACACACAAUGAGGUAAAUCCUUAUCGAUGUAAAAACUGUGAUAGCUGCUUUUCAAGGUACGAUCAUCUGAAAGUACACCACACUCGUUGCAAAGGAAAAAAGACACGACUAGAGGUCAGAAUUCCUAAAAUCACUCUAGAUGAUGUUGGCAGAGGUUGGCAAACUAGAUUUAAUCUCAAGCCUCUCGACAAGGAGGAGACAUUUGAAUGUGAAGUCUGCUUGAAAAGCUUUCCAGCCCUUUCAAAACUUUCUAGACACUUUACUAUGUUUCAUGCUAUAAAACCAUUCAAGUGCACUCGUUGUGGCUCUGCUUUCUCUCAUGAAAAGACUUUAAAAACACAUCAAAGAAUGAAAAGGUGCAAAAAGCCAACCAAUGAAACAAAGGCUCAUCCAAUGCAAGAAAGUAAUAAACCAGCUGAAAAUGUGACUAAACCACUUGAGGAGAUAAGAAAUCGAAUUCUACUCAAGAUCCAACCUGUUGUUAAUAAAAAGUUCAAGCACGUAUGUGCUUAUUGCCCCCGCUCCUUCAAACAUAGUUGGCAAUUAAAUGUGCACGUUCGUCUACAUACAGGAGAAAAACCAUUUUCCUGCGAGUAUUGUGAUGAAAGAUUCAUAAGGAGAGAUUAUGUAGUGCGCCAUCAUUUAAAGUGUGUUAAGAUCCGAGAGCACAAGAAAUCCCUAUGUGACAGAUGUGGAAAUUUUUUCCCAGAAAAUGAAAUUGAAGAUCAUAAAAAAGGUUGCCCUAUCAGACCAUAUUCGUGCAAGUACUGCAGAAAGAAAUUUUCAAAGAAGGAUGGUAUGUUACAGCACUCUCUAAAGUGUGAUGGAAAACUUCAGAGUAGUGACAUACUUUGUGACAAAUGUGGAGGAUUCUUUUCAGAAGAUGAGCUGGAAGAUCACAAAAAAAGUUGCACUUCAAAACCAAGCCCAUCACCAGCUUCCAAAAGCCACCCAUCAAGCUCUCUAAUCCCACCAAAAGGCUUUUCUUGUGCAUACUGUAGUUCACGGUUUUUGCUGUUUUCACAGCUCCAAGAGCAUUUCUUAAGUACACACAAAUUGGAAACAUUAAAUUCAUCAAUAUCAACUGCUCCCCUGCAACAACUUUUGUCCAAUAUUCCAAAAAUCAAAGAAGAGCCUGUUGAUGAUAGUUGUGAGAAAAUGGUUACUGAUGAUGCUAAUGCAAUUUGUAAACCAGAUACAGAACUUAAGGCAGACACUUCUCCACAGUAUGUCUGCUCACACUGUAAUAUGUGCUUUACAAAUAAAGCUGGCCUAACUGGUCACCAACGUGUGCAUACAAAAGAUUUACCCUUUAAAUGCAAAGUUUGUAACAAAGGCUUCUGGAAUAAAACCCUUGUCCGAAACCACUACAGAAAAUGUAGGUCUACUACAAGCCAACAGCUAGAAGGUCCUUUAAAAGCAGAAAUUGAGUUUGCACUUUGCAGCUCUGAUUUUGACGUCAAACACCCUGAAAGCACAGAUGCUCUGCAAACCUAUGAAGAAGAGUCAGAGGAUGAAUCAUCGCAUAGUUCUUUUGGAACUCUGUUGCCAAGCAGCUCAAUUCAGGAAAAGAAACCCAUUCAGUACCAGUGUUCAGAAUGUGAUAAAAGCUUCACUGAUGGCCUAAUGCUUAUAAGUCAUCUUGAAGAUCAUGGAAGAGAAGAACAAGAGAAAAAGCAAAAUGCAUGCUUAAAGUGUGGGAAGGUCUUCUCUACUCAAGGAAAUCUAGACAGUCACAUGAGGACUCAUGAUACCAGCAAACCUGUCUCUUGCAAACUGUGUCAACAACGAUUUUGGACAAGGUCAGCUGUGUGUGACCAUUACAGAAAAGAACAUGCCGAUGAUGUCUUUUAUUGUCAGGUCUGCAGCAAUGUGUAUGCCAUCAAGAAAUCCCUGGUUGAGCAUUAUAGAAGAUGUCAUCCUAAAGAGUGGCAGGAUCAUGGGUAUAAUGUCUUGCAGAAAGGCACCACUAAUGAACACCAGUCUAGCAGUCAUGUAAGUACAACUGGUGAAAGUGAUGAAGAUAACAGUGAUAGUGAUUCUGACUCUGCACCAUAUUUCCCUUGUCACGUCUGUGGUAAGACUUUCCCAACAUCAGAAAGCCUUGAAGAUCAUCAGCUGUGUCACUUGGGCAAAAAGCCACACGAAUGUGCAGAAUGUGGCAAAUGUUUUGUUCUCGCAACUCAGCUGCAACAGCACCAGCGAACGCACAAGUCUGAAUUUCAAUGUCAAACAUGUGGCAGGGGAUUUGUUACUCUCUUUGCACUCAAAACCCAUAAGCAUUCUCAUGGGAGGAAUCGUCCACAUCGCUGUUCCAAGUGUCACCUCAGUUUUACUGAACCCAUACAUCUUGCAGAGCACAUGUCUACCCAUCGUGAAGAAAGCUUCCCAUGUGAUUUAUGCAGUAAAGUCUUUCAGUCCAAGAGCAGUAGAGUUGAGCAUCGAAAGAGCCAUUCUAUGUCUGGUGGCAACCCCACACCUUCGAUUUUAAAGGGAGAACUGUCUGAAAGUUUAAGUGGAUACAACUCAGAAUUCAGAUAUCGCUGUGGUAUCUGUGGUGAGCGUUUCAGAGACCCAGAGGAGCUAUCAGAACAUGGUUGCAUGGAAGCUAAAGAACGACCAUAUUCAUGCACAGAAUGCAAAAAACACUUUCUCCAUUCAUCUCACCUAAAAAAGCACAUGAACACUCAUCAGCCAUCACGGUCUGAAGGAGAAUACCCAUGCAACCAAUGCAACAGUAGUUUUUCCUCCUCACAAAACUUCUUUAAACAUCUCAAGAGUCAUGUUGAUGCACCAAAAGAAAUUAAACAAGGAGAUUCAAUAAUUGGACACAGAUGUCCAGUUUGCCAUCAGUGUUUUGCCAGUGCUACUGAACUGAUCCACCAUUUCCCUAUCCAUCUUGAUAACACGCAUGAAGAAGACAAAGUCCAACUUGACGCUUCUAAAAGUGAACUUGAAAAGAAAUAUCUAACAUCUGCUGCUGAAUUUGAGUGCACCAAGUGUGGUGGUAACUUUCUAGGGGCCGAUGCUUACCAACAUCACUAUUGUUCUCAACAACAGCAGGCAAGAAAGGAGAGCAAAUACUCUGAUCCAAAAGAAAAAACUCUUCAGCGGCCAAUUGGGGAUGAAGAGGAGGUUGAUGUAACUGGAGAUGACUUGUAUAUGUGUGUUGACUGCUCAAUGCACUUCUCUUCCAAAAGUAGCUUCUUAGCGCAUCAAAAUGAACACAAUUCAAAUGGAAAGUCUUUCAGAUGUGAGCACUGUGGAAAAACCUUUGCCAAGAUGCGCUAUCUAAAAAAGCAUGAGCGGAGGCAUCGUCUGAAAGACCUUCCCUUUUCUGCAGCCGAGGUGCUUGACAAAAGGUUCAAAUGUGUUCAGUGUCUUGAAAAAUUUAGCACGGUCCAAGAUUUGUCGUUGCACAUGAGACUGCAUGCGGAAAAAGAAGUAGGAGAGUACCGUUGUGAUAUGUGCUACAAGUCUUUCAGCAAGCGUUCUCUUCUCAAACAGCAUCAAGAGAGCCAUGUUGGUGAAGUUGUAUAUGAAUGCACAGAAUGUGACAAAGCAUUUGCUUUCCCUCAUCUGCUGGAUGAACAUCAAAAGACUCAUACAAAGCCCUCUGAGUAAUACCAACAUGACAUGUUUACCUUGUAAUGUUAUUUUAUCUUACAUCUGUGUAUCUCCAUGUGUUAUUCGAGUUUUGUUCAUUUGUUCAGUGUGGUGCAAGUUUAAAGUACUUGGCUUGUGUCAUUAGGACAAAGCAUCUUGAGAGUUUUGUUUGUGUAUUUUUAUAGUUUUGUUGUAGGGAUUUGUGUACAAUAAAUUAGCCCCUUAGGUCCAAACCAUGUUUGUAAAUCCUUGUUAAAAGUGGUUAAAAUCUCUUGAAAAUGUUGGGAAAGCUGAUGUUAUGGUUAUAAACUCAGAUUUCUGAGGUUAUGAAAUACUGUUUAGUUGAGGAUAUGUAAAGUGUACUCUACCUUUGAAGUCAUUUGAAAUUUUCUAUGGUAUUUCAUUAUCUGUGCUGUAUAUAGUUUUGUUAUGUUUAGUUAAUCUUUUUAUGUUAAUCAACUGUUUUUGUUUUUAAUGAUGCAAGAAGCAUCUUGUACAGAUUAGAUGAGCUUGAAUUGACGUUUACUUUUCAUCACCUGAGGAUGUUAUUUUUUCUGUAAAAAGUAGGCUGUUCAUUUAAAGAGUAAAAUCGACUACGAAAUCAA